AUGGAUCUGGACCCCAGCCACCGCUCGCUGCUGGAGGAUUUCGUCGCCUACAAACUGGGCCAGAGGGGCCUGUCCCACCCCCCACCCCCGCCCCACCCCUCCCCCCUCCCCCACCCCCACCCCCACCCCGCCCAAAUGGCCAUGCGGGCGGCCGUGGACGAGUUUGAGCGCCGCUUCAGCCGUUCCUUCAGCCCCCUCUCCUCCCAGCUCCACGUGACUCCCAGCUCGGCCCGCCAACGCCUGCUGCUGGUCGCCGGCGAGCUCUUCGGCCCCUCCCCCGGGGCCGACGCCAACUGGGGGAGGCUGGUGGCCUUCUUCGCCUUGGGGGCGGCGCUGUGCCAGGAGUGCGUGCUGAAGGAGAUGCCCCACCUGGUCGAGCAGCUGGUCGGCUGCAUGGCCGACUACCUGGAUCAGCACCUGCGGGACUGGAUCCAGCGCAACGGGGGCUGGAGGCAGUUUGUUGUGCUCUAUGGGAAUGGAGGCUCGGACGCCUCCCAGAAGCUCGGUGAGGGUUACUGGUCCUCGCUGAAGACCGUGGUGACGGGAGCCAUAACAGUCGGUGCCUUCCUCUCUCUGGGAGCCUUCUUUGGCAGCAAGUAGCGGACUGAGAAGCCGAUGCCGGGGGCGAUGGUGGUGGGGGCCCUGAGUACAUCACCCCCAGGAACCUUGGACAAUUGAUUCAUCCUCCAUCACAAUGGUGGACAGUCGGGUCGAUGUCCUGCGAUUUCCACUCCCUCCUUCUGCUCUCUCCCUCUCUCUGCUCUCUCCCUCCCUCUGCGCUCUCCCUCUCUCUGCUCUCUCCCUCCCUCUGCGCUCUCCCUCCCUCUGCUCUCUCCCUCCCUCUGCGCUC